GGCAACACCAUGUGAGCGCCCCACUCCCCAGCCGUUCCCCACAACCAACCAGCAUCGAUUCCAAGACGCCGCGAUGUCGCUCCGCCGCUUGCUUGGCCUCUCCUCCUCCGCCGCCGCCGCCGCCGCCGCCGCCGCUGCCCCCGGGCGCCUCUGGCUGCGCUCCCUCGCCACGGCCGCCACGCACCCCCCGUGGGCCAGCAUCAAGCGCGCGGUGACCUCCGUCAGCUCGCCGAGCGCGUGCGUGUCCCUCGCCGACCCACCGCGCUUCUCCGAAGUGCACAUACCGGAGCACCUCCUCAAGGUCAGCCCUUGCCCCGACCCCGACAGCGACGUCGUGCAAAUGCUCGCCGGCGGAGCCUUCACCUCGAGCGGCGACGGCCUCCUCCUCGUCAGUCAAAUGGACCUGCGCUUCACGGCUCCCAUCCUUGGCAAUCCGGGCGCCGGACGGCUGCGCCAGCAACCCACCGGGAUUGACCCCGGCCACAACCCCGGCGUCGCUCGCUUCGUCUUCAACCCUCUCACCUGCCAGCUAACCCACCUCCCGAACUUCGUCUCCGACCCUGUAGCUGACAUCACGUGGGGCCCCUCCAUGGGCAUCCUCACCCAAACCGAUCGUGGGCACGGGCCGCCUGACAGGUUCGCCGUUGCCGGGCUGCAGGGGCACGGUGACCAGAUGCUCCGGUUUCUCUCCGAAACAGGGGAGUGGGAAAUCGUGGCGGUCUCGCCGUGCCUGCUCCCACUUGCCCGGCCCCGGCGAAUCGAGAUAGACAACGAGGCGCUGGCGUUCGGUGGUCGUCUGUGGUGGUUCGACGUGGCCUGGGGCGCAGUCUCCCUGGACCCGUUCAGCAACCGGCCUGAGCUCUCCUUCGUCGAGCUGCCGAGGGGCAGCGUGCUGCCUGCAGGCGCGGGCGACAAAGCCUUCAGCCGAGGGAGUCCGCUGCCUGACGCCGACGGCAAUGUGUGGCGCACAGAGACGCACGGGACGUACCGACGCGUCGGCGUCAGCCAAGGGCGCCUACGGUAUGUCGAGCUCUCUCAAGAGGAGCCAUUUCUCCUCAGCUCCUUUGUGCUCGACAAGAACCAGAGCAGCUGGACGCUGGAGCACCAGGUGUCCCUACGACCCUUGCAGCAGAUGAGAGGGGCAACACGUAUUCUCCUCAUUGACCCACUUGAUUCCAAUGUCGUGCACCUCGAGGUUGUCAUUGGGACGCGCAUCCGGGAAAUGGUUGUCGUGGACAUGAAUAGUUGGGAGGCGAUUGGGAGCUUCCAGUACAGAGGCAGCACCGACUGUAUACCAUGUGUUCUUCCAUCCUGGCUUGGAUCCAGCCAGAUCCCUUCUACAGGCAAGAAAGACAUCAAGAAAGACAAGACUUUGGCAGAUGUUCUCGUUCGUGCAGGCACUCCUUAGAAGUGAUGAAGGUUUCUUAAAACUAACAGCAGCUGCUCCUCUAAUAAAUUAGGAAGCUGAUGGUGGACCAAACUGUGCUUUCAGGAUUCACGAUUUGUCUUCUGUCUCUUUUGGGUGGUAAUCUGGGAGUUCUUUCAGACUUUCAGUUCGUGCUAGAACAUUCAGCAGAGUUGCUAAAUUGAUUCAGCAUGUAACGACUAACACUAAACAUUGUACGUAUAUGCUGUGUUUACUAGCAAGACACUGCAUCUGUAGGAAAAGAUUGAUGUUUCUGCAUGUUGAACUCUUAUGAGAAAUCUUAUUAAGGGAUCUAAUCUUAUGUUCA